UCAUCCAUCGCGCUCUCAGAGAGAAGAGGGGCGGAGAGCGACGACGCGUUCCUCAGCUCGCGUUCAUUUGAGGCACAUCUCCGACGCGCGCAGAGCAUUCGCUUCUCGUCUCGUCUCUUCUCCAUCGCCGAGGGCUAGCGAUCUCGGUUUUGCACGCGCUCGAUUCGUUGAUUUGUCGAUCGAUCUACCGACCUCCGCCAUGGCGACCACUGUCGAGGCUCCCCCUGCCACCGUGAUCGAGAAGAUCAAGUUGGAGCUCGCCCUGCUCGACCAGAUCAGCGCGGAAGAGAAGGCUGGAUUUGUCAAUUUAAUUGAACGCUAUCUCAGCAAGUCUGGAGAUGACAUCGUUUGGAACAAGAUCAAGCCCCCAACCGAUGAGGUCGUUGUGCCUUACGAUAAUUUGGCCCCUCUUUCUGGCGAGGAAGCAGAGACGAAGAGUCUUCUCGACAAGCUCGCCGUGUUGAAAUUGAAUGGUGGUCUUGGAACAACCAUGGGUUGCACUGGGCCCAAGUCAGUGAUCGAAGUGAGGGAUGGGUUGACAUUCUUGGACUUGAUUGUAAAACAGAUCGAGCAUUUGAAUGGCACGUACGGCUCAGAGGUGCCCCUCGUGCUGAUGAACUCCUUCAAUACUCACGAAGACACCCUCGAGAUUGUGCGCAAGUACGAGGGCUCGAAAUUGGACGUUAUGCUCUUCAACCAGAGUCAGUACCCUCGAAUUUGCGCAGACGACCUUAUGCCAUGGCCCGCCAAGGGCAAGACUGACAAGGCUGGUUGGUAUCCUCCCGGUCACGGAGACGUUUUCCCUGCUCUUUACAACAGCGGUAAACUUGAUGAGCUUAUCGCCAAGGGAAAGGAAUAUGUCUUCAUUGCCAACUCCGACAACCUGGGAGCAAUUGUUGACCUCAAGAUCCUAAAGCACUUGGUCAACAACGGGAACGAAUAUUGCAUGGAGGUUACACCCAAGACCCUUGCUGAUGUUAAGGGUGGAACUUUGAUUGCCUACGAAGGUAGAGUACAGCUUUUGGAGAUUGCUCAAGUCGCAGACGAACAUGUGAACGAGUUCAAGUCCAUUGACAAGUUCAAGAUCUUCAACACGAAUAACAUGUGGGUGAGCUUGAAAGCAAUCAAGAGGCUCGUUGAAGCCGACGCUUUGAAAAUGGAGAUCAUUCCCAACCCAAAGGAAGUUGAUGGCGUGAAAGUUCUCCAAUUAGAAACUGCAGCUGGAGCUGCAAUCAGAUUUUUUGACAAGGCCAUUGGAGUUAACGUGCCACGAUCACGAUUUUUGCCCGUGAAGGCAACAUCCGACCUUCUACUUGUCCAGUCUGACUUGUACACGAUGGAGGAAGGCUCGGUUCUCCGCAAUCCUGCAAGAACGUCAGCUGAGAACCCAAGUGUCGAAUUAGGCCCUGAGUUUAAGAAGGUUGGAAACUUUUUGCAACGCUUUAAGUCGAUUCCCAGCAUAUUGAACCUCGACAGCCUUAAGGUGGCUGGUGAUGUUGCAUUCGGUAAAGACAUUGUCUUGAAGGGCACUGUUAUUGUGGACGCCCUGAAGGAGAAGCUGGAAAUUCCAGACGAAGCAGUCAUUGAGAACAAGAAAGUGACCCCGGGCCCAACUUACUCAGAUUUGUAGAUGAGUAGGUAUUAAACAUAGUGAACAUAGUAGGACUAUCCAUUCAUUGAGUGUAGAAGGAUCGGAAGCGUGUCUUAGUGAAUCAAAUCAAUAAAAAGCCGUAGGCUUUUACAACAAAGUAUGUUAU